UAAAUUACCCUCGGUAUCCGGAAAUUAAGGAUCUCGUGAUGUCAGGGGGUUGUGUGUUAGCAGAGCAUCGGAAUGACGCGAGUGACUUUCUGCUUUAAGAAAUAAAACAGUCCAGUCGCCGAUCUUUUCUUUACUAUUUAGAAUAGCUGGCAACUUUCGACAUGGGACUAUAAACGCGGAUGUACUGUCGGUGGAUGUAUUCGUCGGCAUGGACGGUAAUGGGAAGUCUCUCGUCGGACCUAACGGGAUGCCAUUCAGUUAGCCGUUCAGGAGUCAAAAGUUAAGAUUGGUUACCUCAAGCUAGCUGGCUGGCUAGUAAAAGGUUUCGUUUGAAUACCUCACCAUAAGUCACAUAUGCUUGUCUUGCAAAGUAAACCCGGAGUCAUGACACGCCCGACCCUGGAGCGAGUGACGGACUUUAGCGACUAUACGUGUGGUAACGAAUUACACGAAUUUUUAAAGCAGACCAACACUAAUAACCGAGGCACAAACAAUCUGUCAGAUGUGCGCCUCAGUCCAGAUGGGCGUCACAUUCAUGUCAUUCUCCGCCAGCCCAAAGUCGGUCUGCUGACAUUCGACAAAUAUGAAACACCACAGAUCAUCCCGAACCAAAAGCGUGUGGACCUGCGUUUGACGCGCACCUCAUCGAUAGUGGACAUCAUUUAUUUGGACCACAACAACAACAGGAACGCUGACAUCGCCACGCUCGUCGUUGUGUACGAGAAUGGCAAAGCCGAGUUCUGGAAAUUUCAGGAGUGCAAAGCGGGCUGGCAGCUCCUCCAGACGUCGGACUUGUGUAACAGCCCCCGCGCCAGAGUGGUGUCUGUGUCGUCCUGCGCCAACCUUAUCAUCUGGUGUGAGGAAAGACCGCACUCUGAAAGCUCUCCGUCUAUCAGCGCCACCAGGAAUAACUUCAGAUACUGCAUUUGCAAGCGUGCCUACGAGGUGCAGGAGGGAGGUGUGAUUUUGGGAGGGGUGAAGAUCGCCCUGCACAACAACCCCAGCUUCACCGUCAUCACCUCGGGUGACCAUGUUUACCUGCUGCCCGCCGCGCUGCAGGAGAAGCCCCUGCUGAGCGUCUCUCAGUGUCUGCUCUCGUGGUCGCCGCAGCGGGAUGCGUUCAGGGUGUGCAGCACGUGUAAAGGCGCUUUGCUGUUGAAGAAAGACUCCUCCUCUUCCCCUAAAGAAACAGACUUCAAACGAUUGGUGAUGGAUUGUUUAGGUUACCUAUCGUCACUGCACCCCCCCGAGAUCCACGGGUUCUCCCCGGCCGCGUGCGGGGGGCUCCUGCUGCUGCUCAGCACCGGCUGGGUGACCCUCCUGCAGAGAGACGGCGCCCUGAGGCCCGUCUACCGCCUGGGGGGCGGCGGCCCGCCCCCCCGCCCCCCCACGCCGCCGCACAGCAGCCUCCAGGCGUACGGGGACACGCUGGCGCUGGCGGCGGGCCGGACGCUGUACCUGGUGGAGCUGCGCUGCGGCCGGGAGCUGCAGCGGAUCCCCCUGAAGGGAGACGGCCUGCUGGUCGUCCACCGGGCGGACCGACGGGCCCCCCGCCUGCUGCUGGAGACCGGGCUGUACGUGGUGGCGCGGCGGCCGGAGGAGGGGGAGGCGGAGGGCGGCGGCCGCCUGGUGGAGGCGGUCUUCGAGGAGGCGUGUACGUACUACCAGAGGCGCAGCCUCAGCAGCACCCAGCUCACCGUGGACAAGCUGAAGAAGGCGGGCAUGUUCCAGGCUCCCAUCUCCCUGGCGACCAUCCUCAAGGACUACCUACGGGACGGGGGCGGGCUCAAGGCGGGGGCGGGGCGGUCCGACGGGGGUCCUCCCCCGGGCGCCGGGGGGCAGGACAAGCUGCUGGGCUCCCUGGAGGCGGAGCUGAAGGCCCUGGUCUCGCUGGAGGAGGUGAAGGGGGCGUUGGUGCGGGCCGGGGAGGAGGAGGUGGGGGCGGUCUGCCAGAGCCUGGUCCACCAGGAGGUGGGCCGGCUGCUGACGGCGGCGGAGCUGGACGGCCCGGCCCUCCUCUACCUCAACGCGCUCUUCAGCCGGUUCCCCCCGGAGGCCUGGGCGGCCCUGCAGGCCGCGCUGCAGCUCCAGUGCAACGGCUCGGGGGCCCUCUCCAGCCGGGCCCCCGCCGAGGUGUGGAAGACCGUCCUGGCCCCCGCCCACCUCCCCGGGCCCCCGGCCGACCCCGCCUCUCUCACCGGCAGCCAGGCCGAGAACAGGCACCCGCUCAAGGCCGCGGCCGGCCCCCCGGCCCCGGGGCCCCCCCCGGCCCCGGGCCCCCCCCUGGCCGUGUUCGAGCUCCUGUGCCGCACGGUGCUCCGCUUCAGGGCGGACUGGCUGCCGGGGCUCCUGGAGCUGGCCCACCUGAAGCAGGGCGCGGGCGGACUGGGCGUCGGCCUGGCCUCCUCCUGGAGCUCCGCCCCCGGCCGCGGCGGGGCGGAGAGCGGGGAGGCCGCCGUGCCGCUCUACAAGCGGGCCCUGUCCGUCCUGCACAGCCAGGGGCCCGGCGCGGACCCCCACCAGAGCCAGGACCUGGAGGUGGAGCUGCUGCUGGUCAGCGGGCGCCCCAACGCUGUGCUGCAGGCGCUGAGGAACCUGACGCUGCGCGGCCAGUGGGCGCGGGCCGCGCAGGUGGCCCAGAGGUUCUGCCAGCAGAGCCCGCUGCUCAACAAGGAGAUCUUCGCCUCGCUGCUGUGCGAGGUGGCCCAGCACCGGGACCUGGACCCCUACCUGGACCUGCUCUGGGCGCUGUGCCCCGAGGACCUCACCGUCACCAGCAUCCUCAACCUGGUGCUGAGGAACGUCCCGGCCCCCAACGCCCCUCCCCUCCCCUCCUGCUCCCCCCUCUCCCCCCUCUCCCCCUCCUGCUCCGGCCUCCCGUCCCCGUUCCCCCCGCCCCACUCCACGGAGCUGACCGUGGGCCUGCUGAAGCCCCUGCUCAGGAAGGUCCUCCAGAGAGAGACCAAGCCCAGCCAGCGCUACGCCGACAUCCUGCAGUCCCCCGUGUUCCCCCCGGCCGCACCCCCCCGCCAGCCCGCCGAGACGCAGCCCUCAGGGCAGCAGAACGGGGGGCCGCAGCCCCGGGCCACGGCCCAGGGGGCCCCCCACACAGACCCCCCCCAGUGGGGCAGUGACCCCGCGGCCGUCCCCACACCACGGCCGCUGGAACGCGACCCCCUCGGAUGCAAGGGGGGGCUCCCGCUGCCCGCGAGUCCGUACCGACGCGCGGCUAGCGGCGUCCGUCUGGAGGAAUGAGGGGUGCGGGUACCGGCGUCCGUCUGGAGGAAUGAGGGGGGCGGGUACCGGCGUCCGUCUGGAGGAAUGAGGGGGGCGGGUACCGGCGUCCGUCUGGAGGAAUGAGGGGGGCGGGUACCGGCGUCCGUCUGGAGGAAUGAGGGGGGCGGGUACCGGCGUCCGUCUGGAGUAAGGAGGGGGGCGGGUGCUUCGGCGUGUGGGGAAACGUUCGAGCUGUUCUGCUUGGGCAAUGAAGUCUGUAAAUCCAUUUUGUACAAUUAAAUGUAUUCUCAUUUGGCUUUUGCUGUAACAAGAAUACAACAAUCAAAGUCAAAGAGUGAACAAAAGUCACUUCCCUUGAUGAUGACUAUUUAUAGUUGAAUGGUGUUUUUUUUAAUAUAUAUUUUUAGAAAUGGAUGAAAGAACUGACAGUAACACCUGUUUUGCCAUUGCUGAAGACUAUCACUAAUGCUAAGAACAGUUAUGACUACUAUUGCCUAGUGAAGGACUACUGGAGCUCAGUGUGUUCUGUAUACUCGUGAUAUUUCACUCUCAAUCAGAGUGAAUAUACGAGAGACGUUAUUUAGACUUUAGAGGUUAAAGCAUGCACGAGAGUGAGGAACGAGAUGCAUAAGGUGUUAAUGAAUAGCCAAUAUCAAAAGACGAAUAGUAAUAUAUUAAAAUGAUGCGUGGAGGAAGAAAUGAACUACCUUGUUCCUCGUUGUGAGUCAGUGCAAAGUGUGUUCCUUAAAAACGUAUGAAUAUUAAUGAGCACUGCUCAUUGAGCAGUAGGCUUUAUUGUUUUGAGAUUUGGUAAAUUGCCUUCAGGAUCAACCUUGCUUACUCUCACCGCUCGUAGUGAUUUCCUCAAUCUUAAAUUAGUUUUAAAUGAAAUAUGAAGGAGGGUUUAUAGCUAUCCAAUAGUUGUUACUCCUAAUUGAGUGAAAGUUUUUUUUUUUCCUAAUGUGUUUCCAACAGCUCAAACAUUAACUGAGUCGCUGUGAAGCUGACCUUUGUUUUUACUGCCACCCUCACCUCAGUAAUCCACGCUCACCUCUCCACUAUCAUUUCCUCCAUUCUCUGCUUCUCUUCUUCUCUUGGGCCUCCAUCUUGUCCCGCCACCCAAAGUGACAUUCCAGUGGAAGAGCCACCCGAGCAGCGCACGGUCCGCCCUUAAAAUCACAUUUCCAGAGUAAUUCUGUUAGUCUCUUUAAGUAGGGGAAGGGCAGCGCACGUUGUGAUACAUCACACACACACACACACACACACACACACACACACACACACACACACACACACACACACACACACACACACACACACACACACACACACAGGGUGCGUAUCUCGUCUAGUUCAGGCCUUGAGGCUAAUAUUGUAAGAGAUGUCGGACCUUUCGUUGGGGCUCGCUGUCGAUCGUUCUACAGUUUGAAACUAUGUACUUUGCCGUCGCAAAUUGGUCCAAACCAGUAUUAACUCCUAACCAAAGUAUUGUGCGCCAUGGCUGCUGAGUUAAACAUGCAACAUACAUGUGUAUGAUAAAGUAAUAUGUACAUUAAGUACUGUAAACCAGAGUGCUUGUCGUGCCUCGGAUGUUGAUGCCUUUAUGCUAUAUUUCUAUUACAAUCUUUUCAUACUUUUUUGCUGAAGGUUUACUAAAUCUAAUAAAUUCUGCCUUAUGUGAAGCUUGGUUUUAUAAUAAGAAAACUGUCUUGGAGAAAGUGUUAUUUAUUUGAAGAAUAAGAAACGCUGGGUGCCCAGCUCCUGGUUGACGUGGAGGGGACUGUAUGCAGGAGGCUGUGAGCAGGUAUGGGGUGCAGACAACUAUCACAAACAUGUGACUCUGGAAUGCCCCAGAACAAAGUGGGAAACGUGGGCAGCAGUGGUGCUUCUUCACACACAAGGGUCACAUUCUGCCCUCCCCCUUCGUCACGCUCACAUGUGACUCGUGUGCUGGAGUGGUGGAGAGAGGGGGAGGUUGGGUAUGCCUUUAACUUAUUUACUAUGCGUUUUCUCACACCACUGUUGUAAUCACAAAGCCAUUUGGUUUGACUGCUGCCUGCAUUUUGAUUUAGAUUGUUUAUGUGUGCAGUUCUGUGUAUUUGCACAAGUUUUGAAUGCCCACUUUUGGGGGGGGGGGGGGGGUGUUGCUAACAUUUCAGUAAUUUGUAAGUCUUUGUACAAUUGUUUUUCUCGCAACUGACAAUCGGAGGUAAAGCACUCUCAUUCUUUCAUAGGUCAACAGGUGUCUUAUCAAUGUCAAAGUCAACAUGUUGCGUGUGUUUGUGUGUGUGUAUAUACCGGUAUACAUAUCUUAACUGUUAUUAAAUGUAAGAUGCUUACUUAACAUGUCUUUGGGGGGUCGUAUACAGUCGCUCAUCUCAAUGGUAGCACAGUGUGGCGGGUCUUUAACUUAGUUGGUGUUGUUUCAACUCAUUGUUGAUGUUCUGCCUUGCUUGGCCCUCACAGGCUCUCUGAAAAAUAACCUCAAACCCAGAUUAUUUAGGGACAGGGAUGCAUAAAACCAGGCUAGUAUGGAAUUUCUAUUAUACCGUUCAUCGGUUUAUAUCAAUGGUCAUUUCUAAAAUAAAUAUACAAAAUUAAA